GGCUCAGGCGGCGGGGAAGUCUCCGGGCAAUGGCCGGGUAGCUGGAGGGCGAGGUGCGGGGACCCUUCUGGGCCACCGAAGCUGACCAGCCCCAUUUCCAGGCCAGUCUGGACUCUGCAGAGGCGCCCGCACGGGGCUCUAGAUACAAUGCCUCUGGGUGCCCCCCGGGGGUGGGAUAGAGACCCAGCGGUUGCGUGAGAUUGAGAACUCGGGGGAAGGUGGUCCAUCAGGCGCACCGGCCCGGACCACCGAGGCGGCAGGGGGCGGAGCCACGGCGGGGGCGGAGCCAAAGCUUCACAAUUCGCCAACUGGAGGCGGGGGGCGGGGCCUGAGCCCGGGCAGGAGCCCGAGGCACCGCCUGGACGGUAGUUUCCCGGGAGAGACCAAAGCAGCAACCAAAGCCGAGCGCCACGCCGAGCAUCAGCUCAGCCUCAGUAUCCCGCCGGGGUGGCAGACUUGAGACAAUCGCAGCAUGGCUGUGCUUGGACUCUUCUCUUUGCUGCUUUUGCAAAGUCUAGCCACCAAGGCCACUUUUCCUGAUGAAGCCAUUGCUGAGUUGCCAGUGCAUCUGUACCACCAUCUUCGGGCCACUGGGGAAGAGGAAAAUAUUCUCUUCUCUCCACUGAGCAUUGCUCUUGCCAUGGGAAUUAUGGAACUUGGGGCUGGCGGGUCUACUCUGAAGGAAAUCCGCCACUCCAUGGGCUACAACAGCCUGAAAGAUGGUGAAGAAUUUUCUUUCUUGAAGGAUUUUUCUAACAUGGUAACCACUGAAGAGAGUCAAUAUGUGAUGAAAAUUGCCAAUUCCCUCUUUGUGCAAAAUGGGUUCCAUGUUAAUGAAGAAUUUUUACAAAUGAUGAAAAAAUACUUUAAUGCAGAAGUAACUCAUGUUGACUUUAGCCAAAAUGUAGCUGUGGCCAACACCAUCAAUAAGUGGGUGGAGAAUACUACAAAUAAUCUGUUGAAAGAUUUGGUGUCCCCCGGGGAUUUUGACACCAUCACUCAUCUGGCCCUCAUCAACGCUGUCUAUUUCAAAGGCAAUUGGAAGUCACAGUUUCGGCCUGAAAAUACCAGAACAUUUUCCUUCACUAAAGAUGAUGAGAGUGAAGUGCAGAUCCCCAUGAUGUAUCAACAAGGAGAAUUCUAUUAUGGGGAAUUUAGUGAUGGCUCCAAUGAAGCUGGUGGAAUCUACCAGGUCCUAGAAAUUCCAUAUGAAGGUGACGAGCUGAGUAUGAUGCUGGUACUCUCCAGACAGGAAGUUCCACUGGCUGCUCUGGAGCCCUUGGUCAAAGCACAGUUGAUUGAGGAAUGGGCAAACUCUGUGAAGAAGCAAAAAGUGGAAGUCUACCUGCCCAGGUUCACAGUGGAACAAGAAAUUGAUUUAAAAGACAUUUUGAAGUCCCUUGGAAUAACUGAAAUAUUCAUCAAAAAUGCAAAUUUGACAGGCCUGUCCGAUGACAAAGACAUGUUUCUUUCCAAGGUGAUUCACAAGUCCUUCCUAGAGGUUAAUGAGGAAGGCUCUGAAGCUGUGGCUGCAUCAGGAAUGAUCGCAAUUAGCAGGAUGGCUGUGCUGUAUCCCCAAGUGAUCGUAGACCAUCCAUUUUUAUUUCUUAUCAGGAACAGGAGAACUGGUGUGAUCUUGUUCAUGGGCCGAGUCAUGCAUCCGGAAACUAUGAACACAAGUGGACAUGAUUUUGAAGAACUGUAAAUGACUGCAUCUCAGUAACAAGAAAAAGACUAACAAAGCACAUUAUGUUCACAGCUGGUAUAUACAUAGUUAGGAUUUGUGUCUUACCAUAUAUAGAUAAUCUUUCAAGUAGCUCUAGAUAGAAGCAAAUAUAUGUGACUUAUAAGUCAAUCUGUCAAAGGAAUGUUAUCAGAAUUAAAGAAAUAGUCUUGUUCCUGUCCAUGUGUGUGUUGUGCUGCUGUGUGAAAUAAAAGUACCUAUGGAACAUGUGAGCAGGUGUUUUCCAUUUUAGAAAUAGUGGUAGUGUAUAGAUAACUUUAGGUGACAUUUGGAACCAAUGAUAUUUCUUUAGGAUAUGUGAAGAUACCACCAGUUGCAAUUUGGAAACUGGCAUCUCUGAACAUCUUAAAUCCCUCCUCAUCCUGUAGAACUGAAGCACCAACCAAAGUAAACUAGCAUUAUGCACUUAGAUACAAUGAGUAAUAACAUGUGUUCGGAAGGAAAGUAAUGCAGGACAAUUUUAGUUGUCAUUUGUUUGAGAAUCAGUGCGGAAGAUGGUAUAAGAAACAAAUAUUCACCUGAAUAUUCAUCAAAACGUGUUAGAAAAAAUAAAACAAAAACGAGGGCUAUAUACCAUUAUUGAUCACUGGAUUUCUUCUACUUGUAGAAACAUUGGCUAUACCCAGUAUGCAGUUACAUCAGCGGCUACCUGACAAAUCUCCUUACCUUGUAUGUCAGUUGCAACUCGAGACCAGAUCACGUAAUUGGGUGAUACCACCUAGGUUUGUGUAGGGACCUUUUGAGGUGUUCCCACAAAGAUGAAUCACCUAAUGACCUGCAUCUUAAAUCAAAGCCUGAAGUUCAAGCAGGCAUGAAUAGACCAAUUAUUUAGGUAUAGUUAUUUUAUGUGAGAUUAGAUGAUGAAACAAUGACAUCUUUGAGAUCAGAGCUUCUCAGAUUUCAUGUGUGAUCCAGUCACCUGGACAUGUUAUUACAAAUACAGAUGAAGGCCCUGGAGAGGCCCACCAUUGUAGACCUCCACCAAGCUCUUUCGCUGUUCAUAUAUGGACUAUGGACUUGGCUGUUCAUUGCUUUGCUUCCACUUAAAGUUUGCAUGUCAAAUAUUUUUAUAAAUAAAAACAGAAAACUUACAAAAUUUUCAUAAAAUUAACAAUGAUUUGAUGUACCAUGGUAAUCUCCAUUAAUAAUGAAAUAGUAAUUAAAAAUGUUUGGUUUUAAAGUGUUUUUUUUCUAUUGUGUUCUGUGGAUGAAUGCAUUUUUCUUGCUAUUAGAAGAUAUGAAAUGUGUUCUUUAAAAAUGAAAAUACAGAGACAUUUAUGGGCAAUACCCAUAAAAGAAUUUAUGACUUAUCCAAGGAUGCAAUAUUUAAUACCGAAUCUUUUACAACUUAUAUUUUCAGAAGACUUAUAGUUUACUCAUAAAUCUUAGAUUUAUUGCAGAAUAGUGUUCUUAUUUUCAUUUAUAAUUUAUGUAGGCUGGGUUAUCUGAUGUUGGUUCAUUAUUGUUAUCCUGAGUGUGUAAUAUUCCUAAUUACUACAUCACUACUGGUUAAGUAUUACAUCUGGUGUUUUAGCUGUAUGUUCACCAGAUAUCUAACUGUAUUACCUAUAAGGAGGAAUGCAUGUCCUUAUACAAUGAGUAGAUUUUAUAAAGCCAAAAAAUGUAGUUUUUAUUAACUAAUCUAAGAUUAAGUUCUAUCAUACAAAAUACUUAUCUUCAAAUAUAUUUCAGUACAGUUUAAGUUUAAAUGAAAAUGAAUCUUCCUUUGUUAUUAGCAUGUUUUGGUAAGGAUAGUAUGUUGCAGUACUAAGUUUCUCUUGUGGCUUCCUCUUUGCUUAAAAUGUCUUCAGUAUUUUCCUUCUUGAAAAAGUAGCAGUGUACAGUUCAGUUCCUACUUCAUUUAAGUUGAAUAAUGACAGCAAACACACUCAAACACAUAUUCAGCUUCCAAAAGUUGUUUUUUCUCUUUAUAUAUAUUUUUGGAGGAGAUCAAUAAUUGUUAUAUGGUUUUUGUUUUUUUAUCUGCAAUCACAAUUUUACUUUUUUGUGUGUUUGCAAUAGACUGAACUGAAUAGAGAAUGCAAUACUGUACAUUUUGACAUCACCAAAAUGACUGAUGGUUAGAAUUAGAUCUUAAAGAAAUGUUCACUUGGACACUAGGAAAGUUUAACUGUGAAAACAAUGGAAAUAAAGA